AUGGUUCAGGCCCCAUCGUUUGAUGCUAUCGCAACCCUGGGCGAUGUCCACGCACCCAUCGAACAGAAGUUGGAAGUCGCCAGGAAACUCAAGAACAUCAUCGUUGGCCAGGAUCAGCGGAAAGAACUGGCUGUGAAGAGCGGUAUCGUCCAGCCACUUGCUGAUAUCUUGUCGGCUUCGAUCAAGGCAACCGGGAAGCGGAAGCUAGAUUCUAAUGGUGUCUCUCUCUAUCGAGCACAGGAAUGGACCCAAGAAGAUGAACUCAGGCUUCAAGCUACACUUAUCAUCGGAAGCCUCGCUGCGGGUGGCCAGCAGUUCUUGCACCCUUUAUGUGCUGCCGAUGUUCCAAAGAUUCUUGUAGACAUCCUUCUAAGCGACGUUGGACCCCGACUGGUCACUGCUACCCUCCAAGCCCUUAAAGCGCUGGCAGCUUUCUGGGCAACCUGCGAAGAGAACAGCAUCGACUACGACUUCUGGUCAGCUUUGUUCAAUGUUCAAAGCUUGGAGAUUUUCAAUGGUCUUCUUUCCAAAACUACCGCUUCAACUGCCAGCAAGCAGGAGCUUAGGCUCGUCGCUGAUACCAUCUCUGUCCUGCCGGAUUCUGCGAACAGCACCAAGUCUCUGAUCACCAACUGUGGCUUGCUGGAUACACUCGCCUCUCUGCUUGUCUCUCAUGCUGCAGAUAAGCUGGUCUGGUACACCGGCGAUACGUCGCACCUUGCUGCACCUCCGCCAGCCACAUCGCUCCCCAGCAUUCUUGCUGCAAUAUCGACCGUAAUUGCAGGCUCGAACUACCGCACACAACGCUUCAUACUCGCAUCGAAUGUUCGAGACCUAUUCAUGAAUGCUAGGUCUGACGCCAGCGACAACCGCGCAGGAUUUGGGCCUCGCCAUGGCUUUGCCAAUCCUUACGAAAGCCUGCUUCCACCGUUGCAUGUACCUGCGUAUAGGACCGUAUCGCACAACCCCGGUUCUCACAACUUUCCCGCGAUGAAGACCAUGCAGAACGGCAAAAAUGGCAGCGGUUCUUCGGACGCUCCUCAGCCUACUGGCGAUAUCGACCACUCGAACGCAGUUGUGGGCUGGCUGUUGGUUCUUGUGCGGUCCAUGCAAGGGCUGGAUAGGCUCAUAGCGUUGAGACUCCUUGCACUUGUGGGUAACGCGAUUGAAUCAGACCCUGUUGGCUCUUCCCACAAAACGGAAUUCUCGCAAAAGACACGAGAGCGACAGAAACAGAUCGCACUUCUGGCGGUACCGCCGUCCGUCAGGCUCGUCCAAGCCGCAAAUGAUGGAAAGAGCUCUGAUGGCAUCGAAGAGGAGAAGGACAGUCACGGCAUCCGUGAGCUUGCCUGUGCUGUGCUUGCACUUCUUAUUGAAAGAAGCGCGGCACUGCAAGUCGCUGCUGUAGACGCUGGUGCAGUCAAGCAUGUAUGCCCGAUUCUGAAGAAAAGCUUCGACAACAUCUCAUACGCCAAGCCAAUGUGGUCAAGCAAACCCAGCGUAUUCGAUCAUGCCAACCUAUCAGAGACCUGUCGUUUGGGUACAACCGCCAUUCCGCCCGAGAUCUUCCAUGCCAUGCGUUGUCGUCAAGGCGCUCUCAAAGCUUUGGAAGCACUCGCCGCUAAGGAAGACAUCCACCGAAAAGCUAUCAUUGAGUCUGGCGUGGUGAGUUGCAUCAUUGACUCGCUGAAGCCAUUUCCACCAAACGCUGCAGCAGAUGCAUCCAAGAACCGCUCUCAGGUCGCCCCGAAGGAUGGCAAUACAAUACCGGUCAUUCUUGCGGCCUGUGGUGCAGCGCAGUCCAUGUCGAGGAGUGUCAGCGUAUUGCGUACCAGCUUGAUCGACGGCGGGAUCGCAAAGCCUCUCAUCGUCCUGCUCAACCACUCAUCCUUGGAUGUUCAAGUUGCUGCGACGGACGUCUGCUGUAACUUGUUACCAGACUUUAGCCCAAUGAGAGAUGACCUGUCCGAGGGCAACGUUGUCAAGAUUUUAGUAGAGCAUGCGAGGAGCAGCUCGCCUCAAUUGAAGCUCUCCAGCCUCUGGGCACUCAAACACCUCGUAUAUGGCUGCCCAAAGGAGGUCAAGCUCCAGACUUUGGAAGAGCUCGGGACUGGCUGGUUGGUGGACAUCAUCCAAGGCGAGCAACAAGACGCGCCACCCGCUGCACCUGGCGGUGGAGUGAGCGUUGGUCUCAGCACACCGAAUGCUGCUGGAGAACAAGUCAAUCUGCUCAACCCAUCAUCAAUGGAUGUGGACGAACCAAGCACGACCGUGGAGGAGGCCAUGGAUGAUGAGGAGGACGACGGCGAGGUCUUGUAUGAUGAGGCAUCGAGCACUCAUUACCGCUCAUCCCAGCUUCGCUCAACGGUGAAUCCGCCUGUGCCAGCCUUCAACAGCAAGAAGUACCUCUCUUCAAUACGCGAAAUGGAGCAGAACGAUGAGUACGCAUCCCGCAAGGACGAGAUUACGAUCCAGCAGCAGGCCCUUGACUUCUUGCGUAACCUCAUGAAUGGCGAUGACUGUGCUGCGUUGGCCGACCACAUCAUGCAUCAAAUCGGCAGCGCUAGAGUCUACGAACUUCUCACCUCCAAACUCUCUCCUCUCCCUCGCUCAGUGACCGGAGGCCGGCAAGUGUACAACCCAACUGAACUGGUUCUUAGCACGAUCCACGUCGUCAUUCACCUCGCCAACGCCUCUCCCCGACAUCGCCAGAUGCUGAUCGCCCAGAAAGCUCUGCUCCAAGCCAUGGUCCCUCACUUCAACCACCUCGACCACCGUGUUCGUGUGAUGUGCGUCUGGGCAGUCAACAGCCUUACCUGGGUCGAAGAAGACGGCGACCGCCGCGAUGCCCGCGCAAGAGCACAGGAGCUCAAGGCCCUUCAGAUCGAGCAAGCCGUCCGAGGAUUGCAGAAUGACCCGAACCUCGAUGUGCGCGAGCGAGUCAAGACCGCUCUUAGGCAGUUCGAUCAGUUCUAG